AACUGUGCAACUACACCGUACACCGACACCGCAGCGGGUACGCGUACCGUUCUGUGCACCACGAAAAUAUUAAAUAAUAUGGUCGGACAGCCGUGUUUUGUAUAUUUACGUUUUUGCUGAUCCGAGAUUAUUCGCUGUUUUUGUUAUUUUUGUUUUUUUUUUUCUUCCCAAUUUGUCGUGCUUCGGCCAGUCCAUAAGCCAGCUAGCCAGCCAGCCAUCGUCCAAUCGACGCCGAAACGGCCUUCCGAGAGCUCAACGUCCGUCACAGCCUUAGUCGCCGCCGCCGUAACCCGAGUCCCGCAAACCUAAGCGCCCCGGGAGCCGCGCACUGAUCGCCAGCAGCGCCAUGGUCCUGAUCAAGGAGUAUCGCAUUUGCAUGCCGCUGACCGUUGACGAGAAUAUAAAAAGAACAUAAUGUUGUUGAACACUGAACGUACAGAUAAAAUGGAGUUAAAACUAGAUGUUGUGCCUUCAACUCCAGUAUUAAAAUGGAAGAAAAUUCUUGAUCCUAUUGGACCUCAACCAAGACCUCGCCACGGGCACAGAGCAGUUGCUAUUAAAGAUCUUUUAAUUGUUUUCGGCGGUGGAAAUGAGGGAAUUGUAGAUGAACUACAUGUUUACAAUGCAGCUAAUAACCAAUGGUUUAUACCUCAGACUUCUGGCGAUAUACCGCCUGGGUGUGCUGCAUAUGGUCUAGUUGUUGAUAAUACUAGACUACUAAUUUUUGGAGGUAUGGUUGAAUAUGGAAAGUAUUCAAAUGAACUAUAUGAACUUCAAGCAAGUCGAUGGCAUUGGAGUAAGCUUCAACCUAGACCUCCCCUUUAUCACAUGUCACCUUGCCCACGGCUUGGUCAUAGUUUCACAUUGAUAGGUAAUAAAGUUUACUUAUUCGGAGGGUUAGCUAAUGACAGCAAUGACCCGAAAAAUAAUAUACCACGUUAUUUAAAUGAUCUAUAUACAUUAGAUAUAUCUUCACCAGACGCCUUAGCCUGGGAUAUACCAGAAACAGUAGGCGAUUUUCCACCUCCUCGAGAAUCCCACACAGCAGUAGCUUAUACUGACUCGAGAGGGAAAUGUAAACUUAUAAUUUAUGGUGGUAUGAGUGGGUGUCGACUAGGAGAUCUUUGGACCUUAGAUAUAGAUACCAUGUCAUGGAAUAGACCUAUAGUUUUGGGUCCUAAACCUCUACCAAGAUCUUUGCACACAGCAGUAACAAUAAAAAAUAGAAUGUUUGUUUUUGGUGGUUGGGUUCCAUUUGUUGAAGAAGUCAAGUUACCUAUUCAUGAAAAAGAAUGGAAAUGUACGAAUCAAUUAGCUUGUCUUAAUUUAGAAACAAUGACAUGGGAGGAACUAAACAUGGAUAUGAAUGAAGAUAAUAUGCCUAGAGCUAGAGCGGGUCAUUGUGCUGCUAAUAUACAAACAAGAAUGUAUGUGUGGUCUGGCCGAGAUGGAUAUAGAAAAGCAUGGAAUAAUCAGGUUUGUUGUAAAGAUUUAUGGUAUUUGGAAGUGGAUAAACCACAAAAAUGCGCUAAAAAUCAAUUGGUUCGUGCAUCUACUAAUGCCCUAGAGAUUGUAUGGAAUAGUGUACCGACUGCAGAUGCUUAUAUUUUACAAAUUCAAAAGUAUGAUCAGCCAGCUGAUACUGCAGCUCCAGCUCCACCAACAAUGAUUGAUUACUCAUUGUUACCAUUUUUGACACCAGAAUUGGCAAAGAAAAAUACUGAUAAUGACGAUUGUCAAAUAUUACCUGCUACCAGUACUAAAGCUGGUAGUCCUGCCAAACCAAAUCAACUUAUACAAAUAAUACCCCAAGGUUCCACUGUUAACUCCUCUUCUUUAGUAAAAGAUCAACAGUUCACUCCUGUUAUUGCUCAAGCAUCUGGAAACAUGAAAAUAAAAACUGUUCAAAGCACUAAUGUUACACCAUCGUUACCACAAAAUUUUAAGGCAGUAAGUCCUGUAACACCAAAAACACCUGCAUUUGUCAGUUCUCCUUCAAUGGACAUGUUAUCAGAUGCUGCCAUGCAUACUCUUGCUGCUGCUGCAUCGGCUACCCAAAAGAUCAAAACCACUGUAGUAGUUUCUAAACAAUCAGAACUUCCAAAACCUGUGAUUAAGACUUCCAGUGCACCAUUUAAAAUUGUUCAAACACAAAGGUCAAUAAAAAAUGUCAUGUCACCUGUAAACACCACAGUGCCACAACAACAACAACAAGCAGUUCGUAUAACCGGCCCAGCUUUACAAACUUCAGUUGCUGGUACAGUUCUUAAAACUGGAUCUAAUGUUUUUGGAAAGCAAGUGAUUUUCCAAAAACCUGGUGGUUCACAAUCAAAUUUUGUUACCUUAGUUAAGACCAGCCAAGGUAAUCUCAUACAAGGUAUUCCAGGAAAGAUGAUUGGAACAACUACACCAAAUAAAAAUAUGCAACCAUCUGUUCUAAAGUUCAUCAAUCCUCCAAUAAAUCAACAGAGUAGUCCUAUCAAAUCAAACCAAACAAUGAAAACGGUACCAUUAAAAACGGUUGGAGCAAGACUACCAGUUGCUGCCAAUAAACCAACAAUUGUUAUUCAAAAAGGUAACACAAAUCGAUCAGCAUCUCCACAAAUCAUCAUUGUAACGACUGGUUCGAAUCUCAGGGGUAUACAGACUUUUUCAGCCUCCCAAGCUAAUAUGACUAAUCGCACCAGUGUAAGUAACUCACCUGUUCAAAUGGUAAUGGUAUCAUCAGGUGGUAAUACACCAACAGGAAGUAAACCUAUUACAAUUACUAUGGCUGGAACCGGUAAUCGUAAAAUGGUCACUCUAGGUAAAUCAAAUUUAACUGGUAUGACAAUAGGUGGUAAGCCUGUAACCCUUCAAAUGGUUAGUGGCCAAAAUAAUAUGGCUAUCUUAACUUCAAAUUCUGGUGGUAAUGUUGUCCAGCUGAAGAACACCAAUAUUGUGAAUACACCCAGUACACCUAGAUCUACUGCAAUCAAUUCCAAAGUACCGUCCUCUGUCAAACUAUCCUCUGAUUUACCGGCCAGUACAGAAUCUGCGCUAACUCAAUUAGCUGUGGAAGCAGGCAUUAUUGAUUCAUCCAAUAAGAGCAGUAAUGACAUGGAAGAAUCACCCGAUUAUACCAAGGAACAAUUGGAAAAUCUGAUUCGGGAAGAAGGAAUUGAGAGUCUAGAUGUUGAUAUGAAUAGCGUGGAGGACGCUUCCAGUGUUAUUGACUAAAUAAUUAUUUUUAUUCUAAUGGAUUCAAUAAUUCAUGGCUAAUUUGUUUUAUUUAUAGUAAAUUUUUUAUUUUUUCUGCGUAAGCCUGAUUAUUUCAUUUAGUCUAUCCCUAGCCUAUCAAUACUGUACACUAUAUUUUUCAUAAAAUGUUUUUUCUAAUCACAGAAAAAUAUGGGUAGUUGUAAUUUUAUUAUGUAAAUACAAUUUUGUAUAAUAUAUAAGAACGUAUGGUAAAAAUGUUAAUUUUCAUGAAUUAUUUUGGUUUAUAUGAAACAAUUGAUGUUUUUUUUUUAACAUUCAAUAGCCCGAUUUGUUAUUUCUGGUACAUUAAAGAUUUAAUCAUGGGUAAGUUUUUAUUCUUUGUUUAUAUUUUUAAGUAUUUUGCCUUUGUUUAUGAAUGUUAACUCCAUAAUUUAUGACCUAAUCACCUACUUUCAAUUGGUUAAUAAAUGUGUUUAUUUUGUUAACAAAAAUAAACCACAAUCCAAGGAAUAAAUUACAAUAACCAAGAUUGAAGUAUGUCCAAAUGUUAGUAUUUUUCUAGGUAUUUUAAAAUAUUAGUCUUUAUUUCCCCCCAUAUCUUUGCCUAUGUUUAAUUGUAAGAUUUUUUGAGAUAAUUUGAGAUAUAAUAUAAUGAAUUUAUGUUAAUUUAAACACACAUAAUAAGCGGUAUUUACUUAAUUAAUGACAGCAUUGAAUAAUUUCGAGUUAAGUUUGUGUUUUUGUCCUGGUUCCCAAUUCGUUUAUUUUAUUAUUUCUUUUUGAUAUGCAAUUUUAUCUGAAAUUUUUACUAAUUGAUAUCGGUUCGUGAACUUUUUUUGCUAUGUAAAUCAUUUGUGAAUUCUGAUUAUACAUAUUUUGACAUUUAUAACAUAUUGUUAAAAAUGUGUAAUCAACAAUACAACAUUGUCUUAAUAUCAGUAGUUUUUUCUUUCUAUCCGAAAGCAGUUAUUAAACCGUUCAUAUUGAUCCAAUUAAUAAUAAAACAUUUUGCAUUAUCUUCAUAGAAAAGAAAAUGUUAUGCCUGUAAAUAAAUUUGAUGCCAUCUUUUGUGAUAGGUUUUUAAUAUUAUUGUCAGGGCGUUUUCGUAUGUGUGCACGAUUCCCACCAUAUAAUAUUAUAUUAUGUCACCAUUGGUUACACUUCGAUGACCGUUAGGACAAUAACCGUCCAAGGUUGUUAGGUAUGUUUCAAAUUAUGGGAUUGUUAUCGGUUUUGCCUACCAACAAGAAUGUCUCAAAAUCACUGGUCGAUCGUAGUGGAUAGACAGAAAAACAAAUCAUGUAACACUCAACGUAUAGCUACGAGUAUAUGAGUUAAAUUUUCACUAGGCUCAAACAUCUUCGAAAGGCUGAACUAAAUCCAACACUAUUGUAAAUAGCCAACUCUCCCGGUUAAGUUAUAAUGUUCUAUCAAACCGUCCAGAUUACAUAACACAAUUUAAUCCCAACUUCUUAGAAUUUGCGUUUCAGACGAGUUAGUAUAGGUAUGCUGAGUUUAUUUUAGACUAUUAUUGUACCUACAAGCGUUUUGUUAUUAUACUGCUAAUAAUUUAUCGUUACAAUAUUAUUAUAAUAUUAAUUAUAUGUUUAAUAGCUACAUUUUUAUUUUAUUCCUCUUAGUACAAUAAUAUAAGUAUUGGUCUUGAGUGAUUAUUACCCAUUUAUUAUUGUCAUCAAUGAAAUGUUGUUUGGGAAAAAUGCCGCAUUUGCACUACUUUGGUAUAUCUACCAGAUCGUAACUGUUUAUAGCUUUAUAUAGGCGUUUGUCUUUUUUAUCGCCUAAUAUUAGGAUUUAUACUUGUGUGCAUAACAUUAUUGUUAUGUAGUGUGACUUAUGAGUUAGCGAUAACAAAGUUCAUAACAACUAAGAAUUAAUUAUGAAACUGCACGCAUAUCUUAAUUUUCUACACACUACCGCACUACUGCAGUGUACUGCAAUAUCAUUAAAGCAUUAUAAUAUUGUUCUGCGCUUGUUUAAUGUGACUAUAGGCUCUAUAUUCGUUAAUAAAAUUAAUAUGUUUCGUCUUAAUAACCUUGGUCGCAGGUUGUAUAUAGGUACACUAUUUGUGAAAUUUAAAA